GCGAGGUGUGGUCGUACCAGCAGAUGAAGUAGUCUUGCGGCCACAGACAACCUCUUCGCCACUUCACUACUACAGGCUGACGUGAUGCGUGAUGUCGGGUGAGGAUGGAGUCCAUUCGUGCCUACUACGAACACCCGGCGGCCCACGCAAACGUGCCGCCCAGAGAGUACUGUGGCAGUGUGACCCCAGCCAAGGCAAGACGCUCCUGGGGUGACCUCCUCAAGUUCCGUUCCCGAACGAAGGAGCGCCACUUGUCUGCGGUACCCGGUGCUCUCACACCGCCCACCGCCAUGCCCGCCGCGCCGCCCACCCACAACUACAUGGCGGAGUACCGGCAGAAGUACGGCGCCUACAACGGUACAGUGGGUCGAGCCUCGUAUCAAGCCAUGACUGUGGUGAAGAGCAUCUCCCCUACAUCAGUACCUCCUUCCAGCAACCUCCAAAAGGGUUAUCCUGGCCAUGGGUACCCGGCUAAUGGGUAUCCCGCUAAUGGGUAUCCCGCUAAUGGGUAUCCUGCUAAUGGGUAUCCCGCUAAUGGUUACGCUAAGCAUGCCACGUCAGCUGGCACCAUUUCCGCCGGCACCAGGUCCACCAUGUCAUCCACUGUGCGCUACACUGACUGGUUUGGCUCUGUGGUGGGGCGCCGCGCCCCUGUUCGUCCCCCGCUGCCAAGUUUCACAGCAGCGCCGCCUGUGGCGCUGCACACCGCAGAGAAGAGCACAGCGUGGGACCACUACGUGACUCUCGACCCCGUGUAUGAUGCUCCACGAGUCGUGCCAGUUCAGCUCUACACCAAUGUCUGUGUUUGUCCCGACCAGAUGAUUAACACCAAAGGACGCAAGAAGAAAAAGUGUAAAAGAUGCGGCAGAAAGGUGGCGAGCAUGCGGCAUGCGACCGCCGGUGUGGCUGCUAAGGUGCGGCCAGCAAUCCCAGCCAGUAUGUACCAAGUCCCACCGCAGCCCGCACCCUCUGCGGCACAGCAGGCCUGGGGCUGGCAGGUGCUGGAGGAGAGAGUUUACGAGAGGUACGAGGUGCGAUCUCGUCCUAGCGCUCAUUCGCCUGUUCGUCCAGUCAGCGACGACGAGGAGUCGCCACCGCCAACGCCAGAGACAGUUCGUAGUGUUCGUAGCAUGAAAAGUGUGAAAAGUAGCGACAGUUCAGCGACCAUCACUCGUGACACGCAAGAACCUUUACGACCAGCUCCUCAACCUCCCUCCGUCCCUCGUACCUUUCCCUCCACUCCUAAUGUUCCCACACCAGCCACAUCUUCAAGAAGUGCCAAAGAAAAUAAUUUAGUAACUGAAACAGGUGAAAAACGUAGCUCCAUACUUACUGACAGCCCCACGGCUUACCACUUGAUCUCCCAGAGCCGCCAGACAGAGACACACACAGGUUCUGACACUGACGAACUCAGUGACAACGCUGUCGACGUCUCCUACGAUGGCUGGGAUGCACAGUCUCCUCCAUCUACUACAGAUGUUAUCCAGGAAGGACAGGUUAAUGUGAUAACCAUUGGUGACUUCCAACCUCAGUCUGUGGCUGUGAUACAAACUCCAAAGGUUGAAAAUGGCAUUGAUAUGACAAAUAAAGUUAGAAUACAUACAAAUUCUACUAAUUCUAAUAAGAAUGUCUACAGUCUAAAUGAUCAUUCUCACAAGUAUAAGAAAUUUUCUAACUACAGGAACGAUUCUCCACCAAGAAACACUUACAGUUCUUCGAGUAGCGACAAUGCAUUAAGUACUUCACCUAGCAGUAAGAGUGCAACGUCAGCUACCAGAAGCAGUAACAAGACUGGUUCAUUUGAUAAUAAAAGUUCCUCUGUCAGUAGCAAAAGCUCUAUAUUAAACGGGAAACAUACCUCAGCCAAUGAUAAAAUUAUUUCGCCUAGUAAUAAAAAUAGCACUUCCAAGAAUAUAAAAUCAAACUUCAAGAAUUCUCUGUCAGUUGGUAAAAAUUCCUCAAUGAAUGAAAACAUGUUUUCUGGUGGCAAGAAUAACUCUGCCAGCAACAAAACUUCAGCAACCAGUGUACAGAAGUCCAUGAUGAAUGGCCACAUCAAUUCUCCAAUGAAGGUAGUGAAGGGCAGCAGCAGUAAUGGUCCCAGACUGGAGGUGAAAAAGUUGCAUGAGACGAGUGAGUUGCAACAUGGGGGUAACACUGUCCGCAUCGCGGGACAACGUAUGUUGGUCCUCACCCCUGGCGGGACUCACCAACAACACACUGGAUUUUCCAGUGGUGAAGAUGAAAACGAAGUGAGUUUUGAGGAUGACACAAGUGAUUAUCCCAUGUCCUCACCAACUACGACUCGAGGGUCAGACACUGAUACACUGCUUGAGGAAGAUGAUAUACCCCUUGAUUCAUCAGAAUCAACAUAUGACCCUCCAAGUUCACAGAAUGAGCUUCCUAGUCCUAACCUUGGCUCAUCUGACUCCUUACAUGACUCUGACAACACGCAGUGUGAACGUUGGAUGCCUGCCAGAGAUACAAUCGUGGAGGAAGAGGAGAAUGAGGAUGAGUGGCUGAAAGGAAAUAAUCAAAAUGAUGAGAUUCAGGAAGACGAUGAUGAGUCGGCUUUACUAGGAGAUGAAGAUGAAAAAGACGACCCUAGUUUGAGUUCCUCGUCAACCAGUUCACCACUGCGCCAGGAGGGCUUGCGACCCACUCUCUCCGAGCUUUUGAAAGUUAAAUCUAUUUUGAAAAAGCCACCCUCAGUCGACACCAGCUCUGAAACUGACUCAGACUUCUACUUGCCAACAUUUUCUGAGUUCAAACAAAACCAAAGGAAGAAGAAGCAGGUGCAGUUUAGGUCGUCUCAUGAUGUGACGGUGAUCGAGGAUGCUGGGGAGUCCAAGGGUCGAAAGGUGCCUUCAGCCAGAAGUCUCAGGAGAGAUCGAGAGAAGGCGAAGGAGAAACAGAAAAAUGAGUAUAACUUGCUAGCAGACUUGCAUGAUGUAUAUUCAAGAAAUAACUCGGAAAUGUUUAGUAGUAAUAUGAAUGAUGACUUUAGUGAUGGUAAAUUUAACCAUGAACAAGAUACAAAUAUCGAUAUCAACAAAAUGACAGUUGCUGUGGAUGACACUCACUCUUCUCAAGAAGAGUUAGGAAACGAGGGAAGCCACGAACAAGACGAAGAAAAGAGUCUUUUCUCAAAUAGUGAACAUAACGUCAAAGUUGAACUUGGUAAGGAGAAUGGAUGGAGCUGGAACCAGAAGAAUGAAUACACUGAGAGAGAUGAUGAAUAUAAAGGGUCUAGUGUCCAUCGUAGUCUGAACGAUCAUCAGACUUCUGGUGUGAGCACAACAGAUGCCCUCGAUACAAUAAACAUUGGUCUUAAUUCAAACAGCGAGUUACCUGCUGUAAACUUUGAUAACUUUAUCCCACCUGUGAACACACCCACCCGACAGGCUCCACCCCCACCCAGAAGUCGGACUCUGAGUCCGACAAGGCCGAGUGUUCCGCCGCCGCCACCUCCUACUUUAAGACCAUCAUCACUAUGUAUAGCACCACCUCAGCGACCAUUGCCUUCUCCUCCUGCUUUGCCACUCUGUCCACCCCCGGAUUCUCCCCCACCAUCUCCUACUCCUCCUCCUCUACCAACCUCGUUUCCGCCAGAACUGGAAGAGACGCAGCAUAUAGCCAUGAACCAUAUCUCUGAAGAUUUACCUUCACCACAGAGCCCAAGCUUCAGUAGUUUCAAGUCCAAUUCCGUUUCCCUUAGAAAAGCCAAAAAGAUUAAUCCCUCUCUGGCUCUUCCUGCACCCUCCUCAGAGAUCUCGCGCUCAACAGAAUGCCUUCGGGAAGUGUUACCACCAUUAGGACGUUUUUCUGUGUUUGGUGCUGAUGAGGAGACUCGCACGGCGACGAUACGUGGGCGAGGUGCUGCCCAUGCCCGACCAUCCAUUGUGAAUGCCUUUACAAACGGGGCAUCAGCCGAUACUUCAUCUACUUCUAGUCCUCCUGUAGCUCCAAGAAGACGCAACAGAAACCGUUCUUUGAGUCCAGAAGUAAAUGAAAGUAUAGCAGAGAGUGGCACACGCAGAUUAGGUGGACGAGUGCGUCGAACCUCUUUUCUAAACCGUCUGUCCAGAGAAGAAAAUCCUUAUGAGCAGAUCACAGAUCAUAUUUAUGAGGAGUUACUUUCUCGUUCCCCAUCGCGCACAUCCACCUUCACUGGCCACAGCAGCAGUCCUACACGUAGCAGCACACCUCACAAGUCGCCGUCUCCAGGAAAGUCCAUGUUUGAAGGAGCAUCGAAAUACGAAAUCCUUGAAUAUCUGCAGGACGCCCGACGGAGAGUAGCCAACACUGUAGAUGACGACGACGAUGAUACGUUACAGGACCUGGAGGACGGUCCUCUAGACGUAGACGUGGAUCUCGAGGAUGAGGAAGAGGAGGAGGACCAGUUGGGUGUUGACCCGUCUGAGGAUCACUUCACUGUCCUCACCUCAAGAAACAGAGGCAACAGAUCUUCCAACAUGAGCUCAAACUCUGACUCCUCGGAGAACAGCGGACUGCUGAGGUCAGAUAAGGAGAGGCUGACAGCCGGAGAGGUUGAGAGAACAGACUCGGGCGUGGGAUCAGAGACCAGCAAACCUUCAGUGGCAGUUCGUCGUGGACAGAGAGGAAGCGCAGGUGCAGCUAUGGUCUUCAGGGACGGCGAUGUACCUCUCUGUGACGACUGCGAUUCUCCUGUCGACACUCAUAUUACUAAUAGUGGCGUGGUGUACGCACCUCUGGUGUGCCGCCGGUGUUCUCGCCGACGCCAGGAGAGGAAGGAAAUCUUGACUGAGAUUAUGGAGACCGAGAUCAAAUACGGACGAGACUUGCGUGUUAUGGUGGACGAGUUUUACAGACCCAUCUUAGUUGCCGGUCUUCUUACUCACGAUCAACUCAAGGGGAUCUUCCUGAACGUGGAGGAGCUGGUGGAACACAACCGCAGCUUCUCCCUACAGCUGCGUGACGCCCUGGAGAUCGCCCUGGACCAGGGAGACGAGGACCUUCUCACCGUCAACGUGGCUAAGCUCUUCCUUCAUGCUGCGCCUAUGCUGCAUGCCUUUGAGAACUACUGUGUGAGACAGGGUUCAGCCUCAAUAUUACUACAAACACUAGAGAAAGAGAAGGAGCUGCUGAGAAUAUUCCUCAAGGUAUCACAGAUGGAGAACACGUUACUGCGACGCAUGAAUCUACAUUCCUUCUUGAUGGUGCCAGUUCAAAGAGUGACUAAAUACCCGCUGCUGCUGGCCAGACUGUACAAGGCGACGCCGCCAACUCAUCCUUCGAGAGAGGAGUGUCGACGUGCCAAGGAGAAGAUUGAACUGCAUUUGCAACACAUGAACAAUGAAACGAAAGAUAUGAGUCCUACCAAAUUGUGGAGAAGGAUCUCUAUGAGCGUUGGGAGCGGAGCUCCUCUGAAGCGUCCAUCACAACCACACGACUUCUCAACCAACCUCAAGCUCAGGAAGUUGGCACUGGAAGUUUUAGAGUGGAGCGCAGAGGAGGCAAGAGUGGUAAGAGAAGGUCGUCUUUUCUGCCUGGCACCAGACUCCAACAACUGGACGAGGCGAGGUCGCUCCCUCAAGAUGGCUUCAGUCCAUCUUCUACUCAUUACACUCGGCUCACCGACGUUUGUGUUUGAGGACGCAGUGCCUGAGGAUGGUCUGGUGACACCCCGAAACCUCAAUAUAAAAGACGCAGCAAUACUCGCCUUCAAGGACCACAAAGUAUCCAAAGCUGCUCUCAUCAGACACGAGCCUUGGUUGCUAAGUCGUUGUGUGGUGGCCUGGGAGUGUGAGGGCGAGACAGAGUGCUUUGAACUCACUGAUCUCAACUCUAGGGAUACGUAUAUCUUCAAGGGGAGUGACAGUACGAGCACAGAGGCUUGGUUUAGAUACAUUCAGUUCCACGCACUCUCCGUGGGUAUGUGGAAGAGGCGGCGACCUGCUCUCGCUAACAUCAUGAUCAACGGCAUGAACAGGAGCUAACCAGGAUUUGCUGAACAUUACAAACUCAGAUAACACGAGUUGCAGAAGAGUUUUUUGUGUGUGUGUGUGUGUGUGUGUGUGUGUGUGUGUGUGUGUGUGUGUGUGUGUGUGUGUGUGUGUGUGUGCUGGUUCACCCCUUUUGAAUGGGCAUGAAAUAAAUUAUGUUAUGUUGUGCGCUCAGACCUCUUAACUGACAGAUGUAGGAGCUAUGUAACCUCUUGAAUUUUUGCUGUGUUUGAUCUUAAAGUGUUAUGCAGAACACGUCUGUGCUGCUUGUUCACCAUGUACAGCUCCACCCACUUGCUACCCUCUAGCUCGUGUUAGUGUUCAGUUUCCAUUUAUCAUUCCUUAUCAUGGCCCCAGCCAUUAGAAAUUUAAUGAUCAAUUUGUAACUGAGAAUUUGACUUUGGGAGAUUGGAUUCUAGCACUUGAUCCCUCCUCUUAACUUUCGAUCGACUGAUGCGAACUGAAGUUUGACGUCCACUCACAACAUCGUUGUUUCCAUGUGUGUGUGUGCGUGUGUGUAUGUGUGUGUGUGUGUGUGUGUGUGUGUGUGUGUGUGUGUGUGUGUGUGUUUGUGUGUGUGUGUAUGUGUGAGCCUGUGUGUGUUAAUAUACGUCCAUGUAUGUUUUUUCUACUACUAGUGUCGUGUUUGAUCUUAUGUCUGACUUUUAUUGAACAUUGUGUUAUUUUAGCAGUUGUCAAGUCACACUAAACCAAAUAAAUAAGCAUUUGACAUUCCUAUUAGCAUAGUUUUGUACUGCUUUCUGUCACUGCCGUGACAAGUCACCAACCUUGCGUGGAAGGAACAUUUGCAGUGAUGCGUCACAGGUGUUAACCUUGUCUCCUGCUGUGUGGAACACAUGCAGUGUCGUACCACAAGUGCCACCUUUGUGUAAUGUGUGAAACACAUUAAGUGUCAUGCCAACAAGUGCCAGUCUUGUGUACUGUUGUGUGAAACACAUUAAGUGUCAUGCCAACAAGUGCCAGUCUUGUGUACUGUUGUGUGGAACACAUUAAGUGUCAUGCCAACAAGUGCCAGUCUUGUGUACUGUUGUGUGGAACACAUGAAAGUGUUGAACCACGGGUUCUACCGGUGCUGAUGUGCCAAAUUAAACCUUAACCAACCUCAACACUCUCGUGGGCACCAUAAAAAUAUUAAAAAAAAAAUCCCCUUUAAAAAUAAAAUUAUAUACGCUGCUUUUCUCUGUAUAAUGUUAAGUAAUUCAUUAUACAUUCAUAUCUUUUUGUAUAAAAUUGUUAAUAUGAACAUAAUCAUGUGAUUUGUUAUAUUCAUUGUCUCUCCCUCUGUGUAACUUGUUACUGUGAACAUGUGAUAACUGUUGCUGACGAAUUUGUAAUAAAUUGUAAUGUAAUUUUAUUGAAAAAGAAUAUAAAUACAAAAUUUAUAUUUAUAUGUUCUAUCUGUACAUCAGUGUAUAUACAGAGAUAAAUACAUCUCUCAGUAUGUAUACUAUGUAUUCAUGGAAUAGCGAUUAAAUUAUAUGCAAAUCUAAUAUAAAAAAAUUACC